GACUGUCAACAAAAAAGUUUGAGCAGCAGCAUGCCAUGAAAACAAAACCUUGUGUGUAAAUUUUCUGUUCAAAAAGAAAACUCCAAAUUCCCUGUCAAAAUGAACUGCUCCUGUUCCGCGGACCAGUGUCCCCACAUCCGGUACGUCCGCAGUUUGCUGGAAAUGUCGGAAAAGGACCAACUUGGCGCUGUCCAGGAACCACCACCCCUCACCGGCUGGCCCAAGUUCCGCCAAAGAAUGAUCUGUUUUGGAUACUUCAUGCUGGCAACGCUGCGCAUUCUGUACCAGCUGUGGCUCGAACUGACCAAGUUCUCACUGGAGUUGUGGCUUCGCGUUAUAAAUUCCAACAGGUCGUUCUUGUUGGGCUUCGUGGUGUUUGGGAUUGCCGUGAUCUGUUCGCUGCCCGGCGUUCGAGGGUCAGCUGUGGGGUCACACGCGGAAGAAGACCCCGGAACGGAACUGGUCGUUGUCGGUGGUGCUCGUGGCUGGUUGUAGAUGCGGCUAAUCUAUGCGCGAUCUUUGGACGGUCUUCAGGGUGGGAACGCAAAUAUAAUACAACUGAGGUGCUAAAUGG